GCGGGUCCCGUCCCGUCCCGUCCCGUCCCGUCAGGUUCCCCUCACGGCGGGUCCCGGCCGCCAUGUGCUCCCGGCUGUGGUUCCUCACGGACCGCCGCAUCGGCGACGACUACCCGCAGGUGCAGAUCGGGCGCGCCCUCCGCCAGCGCUGCUCCGAGCACAACGUGCAGUUCAGGGCUCUGCACCUCGACCAGAUCGCCGUCACCGUCGUCGGCGGCCACCUCGGGCUGCAGGUGAACCGGGAGGCCCUGACGACAUUCCCGGACGUGGUGCUGGUGCGCGUGGCCACGCCGUCCGUGCAGUCCGACAGCGACAUCACCGUGCUCAGGCACCUGGAGAAGCUGGGCUGCCGCCUGGUGAACCGGCCUCAGAGCAUCUUGAACUGCAUCAACAAGUUCUGGACGUUCCAGGAGCUAGCCGGCCAUGGCGUCCCUAUGCCGGACACCUUCUCCUACGGUGGGCACGAUGAUUUCGCCAAAAUGAUCGAUGAAGCUGAGCCCCUGGGUUACCCCGUGGUGGUGAAGAGCACGCGAGGACACCGCGGAAAAGCCGUUUUCCUUGCGAGAGAUAAACACCAUCUAUCCGACAUCUGCCACCUGAUCCGCCACGAUGCACCCUACCUGUUCCAGAAGUACGUGAAGGAAUCCCACGGACGAGACAUCCGCGUGGUGGUGGUGGGAGGCCGCGUGAUCGGGUCCAUGCUCCGCUGCUCCACCGACGGGAGGAUGCAAAGCAACUGCUCUUUAGGGGGCGUGGGCGUCAUGUGCCCACUGACCGAGCAAGGCAAGCAGUUAGCCAUUCAGGUCUCCAACAUCUUAGGCAUGGACUUCUGCGGCAUCGAUCUCCUCAUCAUGGACGACGGCUCCUUCGUCGUGUGCGAGGCCAACGCCAACGUAGGUUUCGUCGCCUUUGACCAGGCGUGCAAUUUAGAUGUCGGGGGGAUCAUCGCAGAUUACACCAUGUCCCUGCUUCCCGGCAGGCUGUCCAGAAAGCUGACCCUCCUCUCCGAGGGGCCCGGCACGGGGGAGACCAGGGAAGCCGAGGGGUCGGGGGCGGCCCUCGCCACCAACGGGGGGUCGACUUCCAGCGAGAGUGACCCCGAGCUGGGAGAGGUCAGGGCCACCGCCCCCAGGCCCGUCCGGCCCCCCGCGCUGCCGGACCCCAGCUAUAACAUUAACAACAUGGUGGCCUCCGAAUGAGAACUUGGGCCACUUCGGCCCGGCAACAAAAUCCCGCCGCUUCCUCGAUCGUCUGAAUGACGAACGCCAUCUGGACUCGUGUUUCCAUUUGCCCAGAAGAUAGGGAAUCCCACCCGGGCCCGCGUUCACUUUUUUUAGUAUUCUCCCAAGGGGACGAUUUGGGGCAGACUGCUUAGACGCGCGAUUGGUACGGAGACCGGGAACGGGAAAGCCACGGAGAAUGACGAGCUAAACCCGACGACCGCCUCCGUGGACGCUGACCGCUCUCGGGUGCGGAGCCCGCUGCCUCAGCCGAUUUUCAGCUCUGAAAGCACAGCGUAGCACAGCACAGCGCAGGGCUGCUCACAGAGGCAGCACGGAGCUCCCGAGGUGUGUUUCUUUGGGACGGUAGAAACAGAAGGGGAUUUUUAACUGGCUAUGGGGCCACGGUUCUGGGGAACGCAGUCUCCGAACGCAGUUACCGAAAGACAGUCACCACUCCCCAGUUGUGAGCACUUUUGCUUCUUGGUGGUGACUUGGGUUUUCUCUAAUACUCAGGAUUUGGUGCCGAAAAGUCACAGGGGAUAUGCCCCCUAAUGAAAGAGAUCUGUGCGAGGUGGAAUCGGAUCCGCUUUUGGCUUUAUGAUUUCACUACAAGAAGUUGAUGCCUCUGGUUGGCAGGAAAACAGAACCAUCCUAUAGUGUGCAAAACCGCCUCCGUCGGCUCCCCCCCUUCCCUUUCCUCUGCCCACCUCACUUCUCCUCUCCCUCUCCUCCUGUAGGCAAUGCAGUCAAAUCAUCUCACUCAUCAUUGUUUUACCGGGCCCCGAAAUUCACCUGAAUGAGCUUAAUUUUCAUCGGCCGCUCUGUGGAAAUGCACCCAAGCGGUUGGGGGAAUGUGGAUUUUUGAGGCGUAAAUGCUGCUGUGUCAAAAAGGCUCUAACCUCUGGAGGCCGGAGUAGGAGGUGGGUGGCUCUUCCUGGGAAAAGAGGCCCGGAGAUGGAUUUUAGGAAGCUGUUUUCCUGUCACAAAGGUAACCGUAAAAUAUAUGUAAAAUACCAAUGUAGCACUUUUCUCCCCGGGGGGGCUUCAGGUCGGUGUUCUGCUUUGAAAGUCCCGGUUGCAAACCUGGGGGUCUUGAGCCUGCGACCUCAGCUUGAGUGAAUCAGACCGUGCUUCUGUGGGCUCGAAUCCCAGGGGCCCCGCGGUUUGAAAGCGAAUGCCACUGCUUAUAUAAAAGAAAUCUCCUGCAGUCAACCCCUUGGUUUCCCAACUCGAAGUAGCUCAGAAUAGAUGAGGCGGGGUGGGGGGGCUUGGGUCGCAUCAUUUCCACCUUUGGGUCCGGUUGAGGCACUAACCUCAUUUUUCCCACCCGGGACCGGCUUGCCGCGGUUGGCUCGCUCGGUUCCCCGAGCUCGAAUCGACCAAAUCCUGACUGGAAAUUUUCUGGAUUGAGGAGGGCCUCUUUUGGAGCCGCCUUCCCUCCUCUGGGCCUCCAGCCUCCAGUUUGGUCCGUUCCUGCUCUAGGGCAGAGCGGCUACAAGCCUGAUGGGGCCCGGGAGGCCAACCAAGAACCCCCAGACGGGCCGGACGGGGGAAUGGGCUCGGCCUGGCCUCCCUCCGUCCCGUUCUGGGGCCUCCGCCGACCGCCAACAGUUCUCGGCCCUCCCGACUGCGAGGGCCGCGGCCUUGCCCUCUCCAAAAACGAGGCCGGAGUCGAGGCCGUGGAGGGGGUCUGGUGAAGAUCAGGUGGAACUGAGUCUACUUAGGACUUGGGCCUACGCGAGGCCUUAAGGAAAUAAGCCUUCACAGGAGCCGGGAAGACGACUGUCCGGGGAACAGACUGACCCUGUGAAAAUAACCUCGAAGCCCGGAUGUAUAUAGCUCCUUCAAUUCUCAUCUUGUCUUCACGGUGCGACGUGCGUUUCAGAUGUUAUGCGCUGCCACCUUUUACUUGACAGAUCAACUUGAAACUGAUGAAAACUUGAACGAAAAUAGCGAGUCACUGUGACCAUCCAUUUGUUGGCCUGCACUAAUGAAAAAGCGGGAUCUGCCCCCCUUGGCGUACACGGCUGCAUGCGGGUGGGCGCGCGGAUACGAGCCGGGGCUGGAGAAGUCGGAAUAUUUCGGUCCAGAACCGGAUCGCUCCCAUGCUAAUUCCGAGAGUUGGGGGGGGGGAAUCCGGCCUCCGGCCUCCUGGUCUCCUGGUUCAGCUCAGGGAGAAGAUGCCGGGAUUCCGAGGAAAGGUAGGGAGAGUGAAGUGAGGAGCUGAGAACCAGCCUGGGAGAGCGAAAGACCUCAUUUCCGAGAAGAGAGGAGAGAGAGAGGAAAAGAAAUAGCAAAAAUCCAAAGACAAAAAGAUGCUCCGCUUGUCUGGGUUGCCAUCCGAUCUUCCUGGCUGCUUUAUCGUAUGAAGUUAAUAUAUUUAUCGUAUAAAUAAUCGCACUUAGUAGUAGCGUUACCUGAGGUUCUUGGGCACCUGGUUUAGUUGAGAUUUUCCCCGUCUUGAUUUUUUUUUAGCUUUUAAUGAGAUCCCAGAUUAGAACAGGUGGAGACGGAGGGCUGGGUGCCGCAAAAGUGAAUGAAAAGUCAAUUGCAAAGCAGUGACGUGCUUCAGUUAAUCUUCUACGACCGUGGGUCUCCCGGGAGACAGACGAGUCAAGCGGGCAGGCUCCUUCCGAGCCCGCGGGCACCUGUGCCCGGUGUAAGAACCAGGGGGUUGGGACCCGCCUGUGGGAUUCGUGCCGUUUCCACCCCCGUGACUCCCGGCCUGAUCGGGCCCGUGGGGCCGGAGGGAGAAAAAGGGGAGGGAAGGGAGUCGGGGAAAACAGGAGUCACCCAAGAGAGCAGUGCAAAUCCUUCCUGCCUUUCAAAAAGCAGUUCUCUGGUGGCCAGAAGGCAUUUCAGCCCCUUCUCCUGUCGUUCACUCGUUUGUUCAAUUCAUUCAGCCGCAUUUAUUGAGCACUAACUGUGUGCAAAGCGCUUGGGAGAGCACAACAACUGGCAGGCGUAGUCCUUGCCCACAACGAGCUCACCGUCUAAGAGAGUCAGAGUGUGUAGUGCAGGAAAAGGUGUGGACGCAGUGUGCGCUCGGGGAUUAAGAUGAGGAUUUGAGUACUCGUGGGAGACAGAGAGCGAACUCCACACACAGUGCUCCUCGGGCCGAGGCAGUCCCCGGGAAGGGUGAGUUCUUCCUGGACAGAUUGGGUCCCUGAGGAGACCGUAUCUCGCCAGCCAGCGCAAUCGAUCCACCUGUCAGAUUUAUAUUGAUGCCCGUUUCCUCAUUUUAAUGUCUGUCUCUCCCCCUUCUAGCCUGUAAGCCCUUUGUGGGCA